CUGCAGAGGGGCUGUGGGCACGUGCCCAGGCCUGCCCCCGGGGCUGCACCACAGUAUAAAAGCUGGGAGCAGAGAGGGGCUUCCACAACCCACUCACUCCUCUCUCUCUCGAGACCUUCCUCCCCUGUGGACACCAAUCUCUUCCAAUCUCUCAGCAUCAUGAGCUGCUGUGGCUGUUCAGGAGGCUGUGGCUCCAGCUGUGGGGGCUGUGGCUCCAGCUGCUGUGUGCCUGUCUGCUGCUGCAAACCUGUGUGCUGCUGUGUGCCAGCCUGCUCCUGCUCUAGCUGUGGUGGAGGCUGCAAGGGAGGCUGUGGCUCCAGCUGUGGAGGCUGCAAGGGAGGCUGUGGCUCCAGCUGUGGGGGCUGCAAGGGAGGCUGUGGCUCCAGCUGUGGGGGCUGCAAGGGAGGCUGUGGCUCCAGCUGUGGAGGCUGCAAGGGAGGCUGUGGCUCCAGCUGUGGAGGCUGCAAGGGAGGCUGUGGCUCCAGCUGUGGAGGCUGCAAGGGAGGCUGUGGCUCCAGCUGUGGAGGCUGCAAGGGAGGCUGUGGCUCCAGCUGUGGAGGCUGCAAGGGAGGCUGUGGCUCCAGCUGUGGAGGCUGCAAGGGAGGCUGUGGCUCCAGCUGUGGAGGCUGCAAGGGAGGCUGUGGCUCCAGCUGUGGAGGCUGCAAGGGAGGCUGUGGCUCCAGCUGUGGGGGCUGCAAGGGAGGCUGUGGCUCCAGCUGUGGGGGCUGCUGUCAGUCCAGCUGCUGCAAACCUUGCUGCUGCCAGUCCAGCUGCUGCAAGCCCUGCUGCUGCCAGUCCAGCUGCUGCAAGCCUGUCUGCUGCUGUGUGCCUGCUUGCUCCUGCUCUAGCUGUGGUGGAGGCUGUGGGGGUUGUUGCCAGUCCAGCUGCUGCAAGCCCUGCUGCUGCCAGUCCAGCUGCUGCAAGCCCUGCUGCUGCCAGUCCAGCUGCUGCAAGCCCUGCUGCUGCGAGUCCAGCUGCUGCAAGCCCUGCUGCUGCCAGUCCAGCUGCUGCAAGCCCUGCUGCUGCCAGUCCAGCUGCUGCAAGCGCUGCUGCCAGUCCAGCUGCUGCAAGCCUGUCUGCUGCUGUGUGCCAGCCUGCUCCUGCUCUAGCUGUGGUGGAGACUGUGGGGGUUGUUGCCAGUCCAGCUGCUGCAAGCCCUGCUGUAGCCAGUCCAGCUGCUGCCAGUCCAGCUGCUGCAAACCUGUCUGCUGCUGUGAGUCCAGCUGUUGCAAGCCCUGCUGCUGCCAGUCCAGCUGCUGCAAGCCCUGCUGCUGCCAGUCCAGCUGCUGCAAGCCUCUGCUGCUGUGUGCCCACUUGCUCCUGCUCCAGCUGUGGGGGUUCUUGCUAGUCCAGCUGCUGCAAGCCCUGCUGCUGCUAGUCCAGCUGUUAUGCCCUUCUUGCUACCAGUUUAAGAUCUGCUGCUCACCCCAUUCCCUUCCCUUCUACCUUAAUUUAAAGCAGUUGGCCUUCAGCAAGACCCCUCCUCCACUCCCAGCUCCCACCCACACAGCUCCUGUCUCAGCAUCCUUGCUGAUGACCCAGGCCCCAGGAUCAUCUGGGAACCCUGAGUCUGGGAUUUCCUGAUCUCCUUACUUAGCCAGGAAACAGCCCUGCCAUAGGAGUGCUCCCUAUCCACUUCCCCUCAUCCUUCACACACUCUCCAACCUCCCCGGCCAAGGGGACAUCACCCUGCCAAGAACACCCAGCAAAGGGCUGCCCAGCAAACCAUGCAGACCCCAGGGGAACCUCUGGUGAUCUCCAAGGAUCAUCUGCCCUGCUCCCAGAUGCGAGGCCAUCACUGACGAUUGCUGAGCUGCCUCCCAACAGCCUUCAUUCCCGGACUCCCCAACUCUCUCCUAAAGAAUUUCUUUGCUU